AUGUCUGUUGUACAGCCAUCGGCACCACUUGACCGUGGAGUUUCUCCUCUGAUGUCGAACAAUCCUUUUCGCAACAAACUUACCUCCCCGAUUAAUGCUCAGCCUUUACCUCAACCAACAUCCACGAACCCCUUCUUAGAUGCUAGCGAAAUCAAUCGAGUGGACGAGAACAAUCAAAUGGCUAGAACCGCCAACCAGUCUAUUGAAAAGACUACCAAUGGCCUUGGGGCCAUGAAUAUCAAUGACAGACAAAAUGAGCCACAACAGAUGAGAUCACGGCAAACAAACGCUGGUCCUCGCAGACCUGAUCAUCCUUCAUUGAGAGGUUUUCCCGAACCACCAGGACAUCGACCUUCUGUUUCCAACGAGGACAGAAUACGGCAACAGACGCGCGGAGGGCUAGACAUCUUCGCGGAUAGAUUUGGGUUGAAGUCAAAGGGUACAGAAAGAGAGCGACGCCCACGACGCAACUCCGAGAGCUCAGUUCGUGAUAAACCAGUCAUGGAUUCUGAAGAGGAGCGAAAACGCAGGGAGCGUGCCUACCGCGAAUCCAAGAGAAGCGGCAGCAAGUCUACCAAGCCAAACAAGAAACUAGACAUCAUCGACAAACUGGACGUGACGAGCAUUUAUGGUACAGGAUUAUUCCACCACGAUGGUCCUUUCGACGCCUGUAACCCUCAUCGAAACAGAAGGAGAGAGAAGUAUGCGCCAAUGCAAGCGUUCCCGAAAGACUCAGUCAACAUGGUCAUGGGUGGCUCUGGACCAGUAAACCGUCAAAUGGACUAUGACCGAUUCCAUGGACGCGGCGGAGAGGCUCAUGGUGAUUUCAAUGAUGCAGCUAUCAUCGAGGAAGCCGAACCAUAUCGAAAGGAUGUGAAGGCCGACCCUGCUCUCGGCUACAACCCCAAUGCGCGAGAAGUCAUACAUGGCAAUGAAAGUGUUGGCCUCGGAACGAGCACGUUCCUGGAAGGAGCACCAGCAAGUCGAGCUGCUAUUCAACGCCGAGAAAGCGAAUACGAGACACAACAAGUGGAAGAGCGUCCAGGACUUGGACGAAAGAAGUCGUUAGCACAGAAGAUUCGAGGUGUGCGACCGAAUCGUGAUCGAUGGGGUUCCCCAGAAGGACGAGGACCAGCCAGUCCACCUUUGACGGGUCCCAUGACUGGACAGAGCGAGAGCGGUGUCAACCCAUUCUUCCGAGAAUUCGAUGGUGAGACUAAGAAGGAACCAACGGCCAUCACUUUUGAUGAACAGGCGAAGACUGGUCGAGCUCGAGCACCAAGUAGUCCUAAGAGGAACAUGCUCGAGAGAACGACAACAGGAGAGUCUGUCGAGGGUAGCACAAAGCCGACCGGUCUGCUGGGACGCAUGAAAUCCUUGAAGGGUGGAAGACGGCCGGUUCGCCGAGACACGAGUGGUUAG